CGUAGGCUUCCAGACACUGACGUCCCAGCCGCGCUAGGCAAAGAAGACGCGGGGCAGAGAGGGAACGGUGGGUUGAGAACUGAAUGGAGAGGGCGAGAACAGCGAGAACCACCGAGCAGCGGAGCUGAGGUUAGGUGAUCCGGAGAGUGGGGACCAUGACGAAGCUAGCGCAGUGGCUGUGGGGGCUGGCGCUGCUGGGCUCCACCUGGGCGGCCCUGACCAUGGGCCCCACCCUGGGCCUGGAGCUGCCCUUGACCUGCCGGGAGGUCCUGUGGCCGCUGCCCGCCUAUUUGCUGGUGACCGUCGGCUGCUUUGCCCUGGGCACCGUGGGCUAUCGCGUGGCCACUUUUCAUGACUGCGAAGACGCCGCCCUGGAGCUGCAGACUCAGAUCCAGGAGGCCCGGGCCGAUUUGGCCCGCAAGGGCCUGCGCUUCUAACGCCCUCCCCGACCCCUGCCCGGGCAGCCCUCCCUCCCAGCCCCCGUUAAAGAGCAAAGUCAUUUUCAUUUGCUGCGUUGUUAAGUGUGAGUGUGGGGUAUGGUGAUUAGGGAUGUGUACCAGCAGUGGAGAAGUGAGAGGUUCCAGCUUCCUGAGGUCGUAUCAACCGUUAUCUGCGCAACCUGCCGGCAUUCCUGUUUUGAACUGAAGGAGGCAAAGACCUUAAGAUCUCUCAGCAUGGAGAUGUCAUUCCACUUUCCUCGUCCUUUUAACCCUGUCAGAAGAUAUGCCUAACCUCUAUUCUCCUUAAUAAAAGCCAAGCUCCAUUCUU